GUUCAAAUAUAUCUAGUUUCGGUGGGAUGGUGGUAUAGGAUUUGUUUUCGUUGUGGGCGCCUUGUUCAUAAUCAAUGGUUAUAUAUAAUUGGAUCACUGUAUCCACCAUCCAACCAGGUAAACAUUUACAUCCCCUCCAUCGCGAUUUCAUAUCGGGUCUGCGGAACAAGAACAAUUGCGGCAGAUAAUACAUUGUAGAACUGGCUCUUCAUACUAUAUUAUACGCCUAUAAGGGCCAAGCACCUGAAAAUAUUUAUCAGAUUAGCCUUUCCGAAAACCACUAUCACCCUACAUUGCUUGGUCAAGAAGCGCCAUGUUAGGGCUCGGGGGUUAUGGCAGCAGCGACGAGGACCAAGUCAGCACAGCAGCUUUGAAAAAUAAUCGAAAGAAAUUGCAUGAAGGCGAAGCUUCUCAUGCCAAGCAUGAUGUGAACUCAAGAGAUAACCAAAGUGAGCAGAUCAAGGCUCAACCAAUAAUAGAAACAGGCCCCGUGAAUGGACCUAUGCUGGGGCCAAAUCAACCUCAAGAAGAAGUAGCAGUGUCCUCCGAGGGCGAUCUCAAAGCGAACCAAUCUUCUCUAUAUACAACACCCCAAGCCUUGAUACAAGACUUGACGCUACCUCCAGUUCCCAACCUCGAGAUCCCGCUAUCGCCUCCAGGAUCUCCCAACCCGACUGUCAAAGACAAAACGUCACAUUUUCUCUCACUAAAGAAACAGGGAGUCCACUUCAAUGAAAAGUUGGCUGCAUCAUCCUCUCUCAAGAAUCCGAUGCUUCUUUCUAAGCUGCGAGCGCAUAAUAACAUUGACGACUACAGCCAGUAUGCUAGUGUUCUACCACAUGAUAUGUGGAACCCCAAAGCAUUCCCUGACUGGGCUUACAAGGAGGAGCUCUGGAAAAUGCAACAGGCUGUCCGAUCCAAGAUUGAGGAAAGCAAGCAGUCAGGCAAAACUAGGCAUUCGCUUGAGUUCGUGCCUUCCAGUGCCGGGAAUGAAUGAGUACUCAGAUACUACGACACAUGGUUACACAAUGACUACCACUAUUACUACUACGAAUAAGUUUGAGGCUCCUUAAUGUCAACGUCUACUAACGUGCGAACAUCUGAGAUGCGUGACAUUCGAUGAGGAUACAGUGUUUUUCGGACCCGAGAAUCCAAUGUGCUUCGUUGUUCAGUUUGAAUCUGUACACUAUCUCGAUAUUAGACAAGGGGAGACUGUUCCAAUAAUUAGUUGCCUGGGCUGAGCAAUCGCUGGACACAUAAGGAAGACAUCUAAGAAGAUAUACUAACUGCCAGGGAGAUAGAGCGUCUCCAGAUAAAAAUUAUAGGCCUGAGUAGAU